AUGGCUGGAAUUUUGUUCAAAGCAGGCCUUGUGGCUGUAGCGCUUGCCGUCAUCUUCCAGGUCACCCUCAAAGAAACUAUCUGGUUGGCUUUUGGCAUCGGGAGGGUGACGCAGCCGAUAUCCGACUUUCCCUACACUUGCCGCAAGAUUGUCGACCCGCGGAUGGAGGCUUGUGAGGAUAUGUGGUUGUCAGAGUCUACGAGGCAAUUGUUUCUUGCUUGUUCUGAUCCUCUUGCACGACCUCACUGGAUGCCAAACGUCGCACAUCUCAACGUCUCAGCACGUUCUCAAAGAGACUCAAUCGUAGCUCUAGACAUCGACAAGCCCGUCAAAAACAGCUUCGAGUUCCGAACCCUCAAGACGCCGGGAUUCCCCGGGACAGCCGGAGACGGCAAGCUCCAGCUGGUAGGCUUUACAGGGAUCGAUAAUCCCGAAUCCGGCUCCAUCGAGCUGCUCGUCAUCAACAACGGACCUUCAGUGGACGCCCAGGGAAAGUUUGUUGAUCAGUAUGCUCAUGGAGCUAAUUCCACGAUUGAUCUUUUUGAGACGGGGCCUGAGGCGACUGAGCUCAAGUUUGUUCGGACUUAUGCUGACAGAAAGAUCGCCACUCCCAACCGUGUUGCGGCUCUGAGCAGAAGUGCUUUCUAUGUCGUUAAUGAUCAUGGCCAAAGCAAAGUUGGCUUGAAAUACAAUCUCUCCCCCUUACUCAGAAACGGAGACGCCAUCUUCUGUGAUGCCGAAACCGGUUGCAAAACCGUCGCUCAAAACUUCAAAUGGCCCAACGGCAUAACCCGUGACAAGAACAACUUGAUCUACAUCCCCUGUUCGUUAUCCGGAACAAUCUCCAUCUACCGCGUCCUCCCCGACAAUACCCUCGAAAAAGUCGACGAGGUAAAGACCGGGUACAGUAUGGACAACCUCUCUGUCGACGCCAACGGGGACAUAUGGGCAGCUGCUUUUCCCGUUGGAGUUGCUAUUUUCAAAGCAUAUGAGGAUCCGUAUAAUUCUUUUCUUCCUGCUACUGCUCUGAGGGUUAGAAAGGUGGAUGGAAAGUAUGUUGUUGAUAAGGUUAUUGAGGAUGGAGAGGGCGAGUUUCUUCCUGCUGCUACGACCGUUGUGCACGAUGCCAAAACUGGUCGGCUGUUUUUUAGCAGUGUCAUUUCGCCUUUCAUCUCCGUGUGCGAGCCAAAGGCUCAGAACUAA